AGUAGUAGCAGUAGCAGCAGCAGCAGCAGUAGUAGUAGUAGCAGUAGCAGCAGCAGUAGUAGUAGUAGUAGUAGUAGCAGCAGCAGCAGUAGUAGUAGUAACAGUAGUAGUAGUAGCAGUAGCAGCAGCAGCAGCAGUAGUAGUAGUAGUAGUAGUAGCAGCAGCAGCAGCAGUAGUAGUAGUAGUAGUAGUAGUAGUAGCAGCAGUAGCAGCAGUAGUAGUAGUAGUAGCAGCAGCAGCAGCAGUAGUAGUAGUAGUAGUAGUAGUAGUAGUAGUAGUAGUAGUAGUAGCAGCAGUAGUAGUAGUAGCAGCAGUAGUAGUAGUAACAGUAGUAGUAGUAGCAGUAGCAGCAGCAGCAGCAGUAGUAGUAGUAGCAGUAGCAGCAGCAGUAGUAGUAGUAGUAGUAGUAGCAGCAGCAGCAGUAGUAGUAGUAACAGUAGUAGUAGUAGCAGUAGCAGCAGCAGCAGCAGUAGUAGUAGUAGUAGUAGUAGCAGCAGCAGCAGCAGUAGUAGUAGUAGUAGUAGUAGUAGUAGCAGCAGUAGCAGCAGUAGUAGUAGUAGUAGCAGCAGCAGCAGCAGUAGUAGUAGUAGUAGUAGUAACAGUAGUAGUAGUAGUAGUAGUAGUAGAAGUAGUAGCAGUAGUAGUAGUAGUAGUAGCAGCAGUAGUAGUAGUAGUAGCAGCAGCAGCAGUAGUAGUAGUAAUAGUAGCAGUAGUAGUAGUAGUAGUAGUAGUAGUAGUAGUAGAAGUAGUAGCAGUAGUAGCAGCAGUAGUAGUAGCAGCAGCAGUAGUAGUAGUAGUAGUAGAAGUAGUAGCAGCAGUAGUAGUAGUAGUAGCAGUACUAGUAGUAGUAGUAGUAGUAGUAGUAGUAGUAGUAGCAGCAGCAGUAGUAACAGUAGUAGUAGUAGCAGUAGCAGCAGCAGCAGUAGUAGUAGUAGUAGUAGCAGCAGCAGUAGUAGUAGUAACAGUAGUAGUAGUAGCAGUAGCAGCAGCAGCAGCAGUAGU